AUGUCCCUUACAUUGGUGAUCAGUGAGAAGAAUGUCCCUUACAUUGGUGGUCAGUGGGAAGAAUGUCCCUUACAUUGAUGAUCGGUAGGAAGAAUGUCCCUUACAUUGGUGGUCAGUGGGAAGAAUGUCCCUUACAUUGAUGAUCGGUAGGAAGAAUGUCCCUUACAUUGGUGGUCGGUGGGAAGAAUGUCCCUUACAUUGGGGGUCGGUGGGAAGAAUGUCCCUUACAUUGGGGGUCGGUGGGAGAAUGUCCCUUACAUUGGGGGUCGGUGGGAAGAAUGUCCCUUACAUUGGGGGUCGGUGGGAAGAAUGUCCCUUACAUUGGGGGUCGGUGGGAAGAAUGUCCCUUACAUUGGGGGUCAGUGGGAAGAAUGUCCCUUACAUUGAUGAUCGGUAGGAAGAAUGUCCCUUACAUUGGGGGUCGGUGGGAAGAAUGUCCCUUACAUUGGUGGUCAGUGGGAAGAAUGUCCCUUACAUUGAUGAUCGGUGGGAAGAAUGUCCCUUACAUUGGGGGUCGGUGGGAAGAAUGUCCCUUACGUUGAUGAUCAGUGGGGAGAAUGUCCCUUACGUUGAUGGUCGGGGGGAAGAAUGCUCCUUACGUUGGUGGUCGGGGGGAAGAAUGUCCCUUACGUUGGGGGUCGGGGGGAAGAAUGCUCCUUACGUUGGUGGUCGGGGGGAA